AUAUAUAGCUAGCGCAAAUGAUUGAGAAAUCAACAAGUGCUGUGUUGUUGUGACUUGUGAGGAAUCUCAAAUGUAGCUCCGGUAGGGUGAAGUUGUAAACUACAGCUUAAUUGUGAGUGUCAUCGAUCGCAAGUGCAGUCGACAGGCUGUGAGAAUACACUUUAACGAUUUAAAGCUCAUCAAAGCCGGAAAAAAUGUUUACAGAGUUUGGAAUUUCCCUUUUGUGCUAUGCAUCGACAUUUGCACUUUGCCACGUCCUCCGUUUCUUCCUCCGCCGACUUCUCCCGAGGGCUUCCUAUCCGUACGCCGCAGAAUUCGUCGACACUUUUCAUAUGAUUUGCUGCCUUUACGAAAAUGGGAUGGUGCUAAAAUUAGGACUCCUGCCUUUUGCCGUGUGCCUUUUCACCUUAUCAAUCGUUUAUGCGUUUUUAUUUGAGGGUUUUGCAAAUCCAGCAGUUGUUCUCGAUUAUGUUUUAAGAAGGAAAGUGAGCUUUUUGACAGGUGUUUUUCGUGUGAUGUUGGAAUUGAUUGCUGCAAUAGUUGCCUACCGAUACACGACAUUCGUGUGGAAGACUUUUGCUCCAUCUUCCAGGCAUUACCAGGCAGCGACAGUAGAGAUGCUAGCGGAAAAUUGCAGUACUGGAUUAAAUGUUUCCCCACUGCUCGGUUUUGCUUUUGAGAUGACUUCUGUUGCGUUCUUGAAGCUCGUUGCAGGAUACUUCCACGGAGGCAGGAGGUUCUGGAGGAUCAUCAAUGGCGUCAUUUCGGUUGCGAUCAUUCUAUUUGGUUUGGAAUACACUGGAGCUCCCAUGAACCCCAUACUCGGGUUCGCAUCGGGGUGGGGUUGCAAGGAUCAUUGGGUCCCCUCCCACCUCUUUGUCUUCUGGUUGGGCCCUUUUCUGGGUGUCAGCAUCGGUGACUGGGUCGUUGAGAACCUGAUGGAUGUCGAUGGCAAGAGGACGAUGACAACAUCGGCAGCGAAGUCCAGAGAGCGGAAUGGCGAAGUACUAGAGCAGAAUGGAAAUCAUGAAAAAAUUCAUUGAAGGUUUUAUAUGACUUGUAUGUCACUACCCAAUCGUGCCUCUUUUUAUUCCCUCCUUUUAUCUUUAUCUUCUCUAUGGCUCUAUCUUUUUUGCUGGAGAGAUUGUCUAAACGUUGUGCUGUUUCUCGUAAUAAGUGCUGUGGUCUGGGAUGCACAAAUUGUAAAUUUGUGCAACCUUGGAUGUUGUCUCGUAGAACCUUGCGUAAAAUACAUACUGUAGUAGCCACCCGGGAUGAAGCGGAGGCCUUUCUUGAGGCCAAAUUUUGCCGACCUUGGCCCGAGUCAUGUAUACAAAGUCUAUGGGAGGUUUUCUCUAGCUGCCUUGACAACAUUACUGGCAGCUACAGGAGACAUACAUAUAUGUAGAGACCAACACCCUUAUUCUGAACUCUGGUUUAAUUAAAAAUGGUCUAAAGUUGUUGUUUCAUUAUGGGUAGCCAAAAUAUGACACAUAUUCAAAUUAUCAAUUCAAAUUCAAAUUAUCAUCAGAAGUGGCUUUUAAACCAUUAAUGAUUGUCUGGGAACAAUCAUGGUUUUCCUCACUAUUGAAGAAUGUUAGAAUGAAAUGUUCAACAGUUAAAAGGUUCAAUGUAAAGAUUGAACAUUUUUGGCUUCCUAUAAUUUUAUCACAUACUUUUCAAACUUCACAAUUUUGGACUUUUCCAACAGACUGAACCCCAAUUUCAACAUAUCAUUGUGGAAUCAUGUGCAUUUUAAUUUCCAGUCCAUAUCUUUCCUCUAUCCUCUAUUAUUCUUGAAAAGUUGAAAUAUGUAUGUUUUAGAAACAUAUAUUUUUUAGGUUUCAAGGUUUUCUAUUAUCUGCGGCUUUUUUUUAGACUUAUGUUGAAAUACGCUGAUGGGUUUAUUUAUUUUUUAAUUUAUUCAUUUAUCUUCAUUUUUACCUAAUAUAAUAAUUUAAUGUUAAUCUCUUGAAAUACUUACCAAGAAAUAUCUUUCACUUUUUUUUUUCUUGACGAAAUUAUGCCUCGUGUGUGAGCAUUUUAUGUUUUAAAGAACAAAAAAGAAAACAAGUUGAUCAAGACAAAAUGCAAUAGAGCAGGGGCUUGUUUCACAAAGUGACUAAAAAUUUAACGUCAAUUCCCAUUAGCAUGCGUUAUAAAGCAUGUCACUGCAUUGGUGAAAGUCCUGCUCAAGGAAUACUGUGUGGUCAUCAAUGAGAUUAAAUUUUAUUAUCUGCAUGUCAGCACAAUGUUUCCACAGAUCCAAAACAAAUUUUCUGAAAUUCAUAGAAAUUUCCAGGAAUUUUCAAGUGAGAUUUUUAACAAAAAUCAGGCAAUAAUACAGCAAGCCUAAAUUUGGUUCAAGUGACCAAAAUCAAGGAUUUAACAUAUUUUAUGGUCAAAAUUUUUUAGAAUUAAACAUUUUUUUUGGUUCAAAAUUACAAAAUGCGAGCGUAGAGAUCGAGCAGAAAAUUUAGAGGUACGUAUCAUGAUAAACAAUUCUUUAAAUAUAACAUGAAUAUUAAAAGUUGCGAUGUUUAAUUGUAAUUUUUAGAUUUCCUGGAAUUUUUUUUCAUUUCCCGAACCUUGGAAAAAGUAGAAAUUUCCUGAAAAAUCCUGAAUUUCGGGAAGAGUGGAAACACUGAGUCAGCAGUAUGUGGUUUAAGUCACACUUUCAUGUAACUCUAUAUGAAACACCCCUCCAUAGCUCAUGGCUUGCCACAUGUUUUAGUAUUGAUGAUGACAUUUUGUGUAACAGCAUGCCAUGAUUCACUGUGUUCUUUGAUACGGGUAAUCUAACAGUGCUCCAUUAUUUUGAAUUGUUUUCAUUUUGAAUACAAAUUAAUUCCAGGGGCUCAUUUCGUUAAACACUUGCAAUUAUUAUAACUUCGUUGUUAAAGGCCUGGUGGGUGUUUCAUAAAGCUGUUCGUAAGUUAAGAGCGACUUUAAGAACGACUGGUGAUCCUUUCUUGUGGUAAAUGGUAUAUUCAUUGGCGAUGGUUUAUUGCGUAAGAAAGGUUCACCAGUCGUUCUUAAAGUCGCUCUUAUCUUACGAACAGCUUUAUGAAACGGCCCCAGGUCCCACUGGCUGACAGACACAAAACGUCUUCAUAAAGGAUACACCGGACAAGCAAAAUUUCAGGGGGGGCUUCAUCCUUUUUCAUACGCUCCAGACAACGAACAAAAUGGGCGAACAAUGAAAUCACAGUGGAUGCUCGAUGGAUAUAGAGCGUAUGAGACACGUAUGCAAAGAGUAUACACAACGGCUACAUAACGUUUUCCAAUGGAUACCAAGGUUCUUUUCCAUUUUACAUCCUCUCUGCAUCUGUAAGUGCAGUUGGAUCAAGCCUUUAGCAAAGUUCCAUGGAAACCUUGAUUUUGCUUGGCUGUGGAGACCUGUUACCAUGGUAGUUGCAAUAACAUCAAAGUUACCAUAAAUGUAAGUCUUUAUGAAACAGGGCACAGAACAUCAUUCAGAUUUUUGGAAUUCAUGUAUGAUAUGUAGUGUAGACCUGUACAUGACAACAUUAUUGAAUAUCUUAGAUGUUUAAUACUUAAAUUGAGUGAAUCCAUGAUGUUAGUUAUCAUCUCAUAGUACCGGGUAUGUAAGAGUAAUCCAUGUGCUUCGGAACUGCCUCAUAUUGUUACAGCAUUGACAGAAUUAGAAAACAAAGCUCACAAGUUAUGGAGAAUCAGAGGAGAGAGAAGGAGAGAGGGAGAGAAAAAAAGAAAUCGAGAGAGAGUAGGGAGGACAUAAUGAUAGAAAAUUGUGUGUGUGCGUGCGAGAGAGAAAGGUUUUUAGUGAUAUUUUGCUCAGUACUCAAAAUCUACAGAAUGUAGAUUUUAAUUUUUUAUGAAAUCAUGCCUCCACUUGACAUGACUUGAACAGAAAUUCCAGUCACCUUCAGGUCUAAUGUUUUAACCAGUUUUACACCUUUUCCCAAUGGUUCAUGUGCUUAUAUGAUCUGGCUUGUAUGUGUAAGUACGAUUUUUAUAAUGUUUAUUUCAUGAAUGAAGUUGUUGUAAUUUGUGAUUUAUAUUGAGGAUGUUUUCUCUUUGAUUUUAUUCCAUGAUAAAUUAUUAUUCGGCAAAUUUCAAAGUGAAAGCGGCAUCCCUCUCUUAUGAAUCAUGACACACACUUUUGGUGUUAGGUGCCUUUGCAAAUGUGACACCUUGCGUACAUGUACACAUGUAGUGAGGACAUUUUGUCUCAUGUUCAUUCCAUGAUAUCUACAUGUAUCUAUUUGUGAUCUGGCAUUUAAAAUGACAGGUCCACUCAUAUUCUUUGUGUAGCUCCUAUAAUCACAGAAAUCUGACUGAGAAUGUUUAAUAAUAAUAAUUUAUAACUUGUUUUCUAGAUUUUGAUAUGAAUAUAAAUUGGAUUGACUGUAAGGUGACUAAUUAAUUGGAUCGUGACUAAUGAUGAUUUCAAACUACUUAAGGGGCAGCCCCUUGACUUCUGUGAAUGGCGCAUCCCCAAUAUACAUGUACCGAGUAUAGACUAGUAUUCCCCUAUACUAGUACUUUGAAGACCUUGUUUGCAUUUAUUGUAAAACAAAGCUUUCAAAUCAUCAGGAUUACAAACCUUGAACUUGAAUGUAUAUUACAUCUACAGUACAUGUUUAUUUCACAGUGGACUUUAUGCGCUCACACUUAUUUAAAGUUAAUCGAUCUUGCACGAUAGUGAUGUGCUGUAUCCAGUGAAGUGUGCAUGUUUGUAGUUUUGUAAUAUAUAAAGUUUAUAUGUAUCAUGAAAUUGAAUAGUGAGAUCAUUUCACUUGCUUUGCAUUCAUGUGCUAUAAUUAUUUUUUUGCAUGCCUUUGUGUUCACGGCAUCCCAAAGUGUACAUGAGCAGGUUGACAUUAAUAAGUCAUUAAUAUUAGAUUUAUUGAUGUGAAUUGUGAAGUGGACUUAAUGUAUGUAGCCAGAGUUGCAUUGCUUAUUAAAACAUACAGCUGUAGUCAAUUUUAUCAUUUAUGCAUGCAGUGAUUACGUUGAAUUCAUAGAGAGAUAUUUCAGUAUCACUUCUGUGCUUGAAAUGAUACUGUCAGAAAUUGUUGCAACCUAUCAGCUUACUUCCUCAAUCCCGUUUGGCCAUCAGAUAUCAAUUAAGUGAUUAUUAGAUCAAGUUUAUCAACUCAGGAUGACCUCUCAGUAUCAUGGUGACCAAUUCCAAUUAAAUGGCAACGUGUACUGAGGCCUGUUUCAUAAAGAGUUACAACGAUUGUAAAUCUGCCGUUAUGUCAACUACCAUGGUAGCGGCGCAGCAGCCAAUCACAACGGUAGUUGCCAUAAUAGCAAAGAUAACUCUUUAUGAAUUGGUCCCCCAUUAUUUUCACUUUAUCAUGCCUUUUGUGCUUCCUGCCAAUUUGGCAUGACCUGCCAUAUUUAUA